AUGCAAUCAAACAAUCUGGGAUUCUGCUUAGUAGAAACAAUAGAGGCAGGUCAGAAAUUAAUGACGACUAUACCCCAGUUGUGGGUUAAAAAUGGAAUUUUAAUGUGGCCGAACAGUAUUAAUGCCAGUGCGCUUGUAAGGGAUGAAACAUGCAAGCCACAAAAUUCGUGGACCAAAUUACCGUGUAAGAUUAAACACAUGCAUUUAAAAACUUACGAGGAAGGUGAGAUUGAAGCAGAAAAUCUAUCAGGGCAUGAUACAGACACGUCCGCAGUCAUAACUUUAAGAAAAAAAAAUAAAAAACUUACUAACAAGAGAACAAAUUUUAAUUCAAUAUUAAAAGAAUGUAAUAGACGUGAUGAAGAGCCUCCAUUAAAAAAAGUCACAGCUAUGCCAAGUUCCACUGCUACAGAAACAGAUUUAUGUCAUGUAUUAGGAGUACCGAACCUUCAAUUAAACUUGAUUGAACCUGAUGAUGAACGGCCACAAGCAGGACCAAGUAACUUUAUUAGAGCAACUGAUAUCUUCAUAAAUUCGCCAGAACCUGAUGAACUGCCACAAGCAGGAUCAAGCAACAUUAUUAAUGCAAAUGAUAUCAUGAAUACAAGCUUUAUAAAUUUGCCAGAACCUGAUGUGUCUGGCACUAAUUUGGAGGAAUUUAAACAAGAAAUCAUUCAAAAAAUUGACUCUGCCACAAGUCAAAUUCUCAACUCGGUGGGAGAAUUAAUGGCUAAAACCAUAGCAGCUAUAAAAACUAACUUUGAUAUAAAACUUGCUGCUAUAACUGAAAACAGAGCAGCAGUACAGAGUGCAGCUGAUAUGUUUACAUUGGAGCUUGUCUCUUUAAAAGCAGAAUUAGAAAAUUUAGAAGAAAACCUCCAAACUCCGGAAUUUGAAGAACAAGUGGUUCAAUAUAUGAAUAAAAUUAUUGGAAACUCUGUGGAUACCCGUGGUAUGAACACAUGUUAUGUGUUGUUGGACUAUUUCUUCACCAGGAAAUUUAUGGUCGAGUGCAUUUGUAGUGGUGUGAGUAGACAUGAUGAGCAAAAAAGUGCAAUUAAAAUGUGCAAAAAUAUUUUAAGAGUAUUUUUAAGAAUAGUAAGACAGAAAUAUGAAAAUUUUUCUGAAGUCGAAUUGCAGAAUUUUUUUAAAACAAUUACUAAAAAUUCAAAAAAACGUGCACAAAUGUCCGGUUUACGACAAUCAUCAACCCAUAUCAGACAGGUUAAAAAACGAAACGAAGAAACAAAAGUUGUGACUGAGGAGCCACUAGAAGGAUCAAUAAAUUUUUCAGAUCAUGAUACUAAUGAUGAUGAUUCCUAA